UUUCGGACAUUGCCGGGGCAGGUCCUUGGCAAGAUCGAGAGGAGCCUGGUGGUUCCGGGGGGUGGUACAACUGUCACGGCAGCUCUCCAGCGCCGAGAGCAAAGAGCUGGGGGAGAAGCACAGCCCUGCAGUCCAGGCUCCCCAGCAGACUCUCUGCCCAGACUCUGAUCCCCUGUGCCACUGAGCUCUCGUCAGAGCUGGAGAUGCCUCUCUUCGGCCGCAAGAAGAAGCCCAGCGAGGAGGCUCGGAAGCGCCUGGAGUACCAGAUGUGCCUGGCUAAAGAAGCUGGUGCUGAUGACAUUCUGGACAUCUCCAAAUGUGAACUCUCAGAGGUUCCUUAUGGGGCCUUUGCCACCUGCAAAGUCUUGCAGAAGAAGGUGCUGAUGAUCCACACAAACAAUCUGACAUCCCUAGUUCCAAAGUCCUGCAGCCUCCUGAGCCUCCUAACUCUGAAGGUUCUGGACCUUCAUGACAACCAGCUGGCAUCACUUCCUGCUGACAUUGGCCAGCUGACAUCUCUUCAGGUCCUGAACCUUGAAAGGAAUCUUUUGACAUGUCUUCCACAGUCCAUAGGAGACCUUGCCCAGCUCCAGCUGCUGAAUGUGAAAGGGAACAGGCUGAAGGAGCUGCCCGGCAGCGUGAGCGGCUGGCGCCGGCUGCGCGCCCUGCACCUCAGCGGCAACGCGCUGCGGGCACUGCCGCGGCCGCUGGCGCACGUCCGCACGCUGCAGACGCUGACCUUGGAUGCUUCUUCCAUGACCUACCCAUCAGCUGAGAUCUGCAGUGCAGGCACAGAGGCCAUUCAGCAGUUCCUCUGCAAAGAGUGUGGAAUUGUGUACUACCCUCCCUCACAGUGCCUGCUCCCCACGCAGGAGGAUGAUGGAGGAGGCAGCUCGGUGGCUGGGGUGGACAAGACAGUGCACAAGUACCUGGAGGAGGAGAGUGAGUGGCAGGACAGAUUCUUGGAUUAUGAGAAGAGGAAGGCCAAAAAGCUGCAGGAGAAGCUGGAGUUUGAGCGGCGCCUGGGCCUGGGGCAGAGAGAACACGCUCUGCUCGUGCAGCAGCUGAGCAGCCAGAAGGAUGAGAUCCUGCAGACUGUGAGAGAGGAGCAGCUGAGGCUGGAGGAGGGUCUGACCAAGCACCAGCGCUGCCUGGAAGAGGAGCGCCAGAAGCUGCUGCAGGAGCUGAAGCAGGAAGAGCAAAGCAUCACCAGCAGGAUCCAGAAGCUGCUAGAAGACAACCAGAGGCAAACCCAAAGUUCAGCCCUUCUGAAAUCCUUGGAGAAUGAGAGGAUGAGGAUGGAGCAGCUGAUGGCAAUAACGCAGGAGGAGACGGAGCAGCUGCGCAGGAGGGAGGUGGCUGCUGCCAUGCAGCAGAUGCUGGCUGAGAGCUACAAGAACAGCCUGCUCCAGACGUCCUCCGAGGCGCGGCGGCAGGACCUCGUCAGCCAGGCCUGCUCCAGCCUGGCUGAGACAGACCAGAAGUUCCAGCAAAUCCUGGCCUGGCAGCAGCUGGAUCAGAACAAAGCUGUUGGUGAGAUCCUGCAGCAGAUCGAGAUGCAGAAAGCUGCCUUUGAAGCGCUCCAGGUGAAGAAGGAUCUCAUGCACAGGCAGAUCAGGAACCAGAUUAAAUUAAUAGAAAGAGAGUUAUUGCAGCUGACACAGCUGGAGUUAAAGAGGCAAGAACUGGACACAGAGACGCUGCAGGAGGAGAUCACGGAGCAGCGCCAGGCGCUGGGCUGCCUCCUGCAGCAGCUGCUCAAAGACAAGAAGCAGAGGGAAGAGGAACUGCAACAGCUCCUGCUGGAGAUGGAGGCCGAGGGCCAGGCCAGGCAGGAGCACUAUUGGCUGAUCCAGUACCAGCGCCUGCUCGACCAGAAGCCUCUCUCCCUGAAGCUGCAGGAGGAGGGCCUGGAGCAGCAGCUGGUGAGCCUCCUGCUGGAGCUGGCUGCUGAGCAGUACCUGCCAGUCUUUGCCCACCACAGGCUCUCCCUGCAGGCACUCAGCACCAUGACUGCCAGCGACCUGCAAAAGGUCGGGGUGCGGGAGGCUGGCCUGCAGCUUGCCAUCCCCCAGCGGGCUCAGAGGAUCCUGGCUGCAGCCAGCACCAUCCCAGAGCUCCCGGGAAGGGCGGACAGCGAGGCCCCGGCGGGCCCCCAGCCCAGCGCCCCCCUCGAGGAGCCUCCCGGCCCCGCCGGCCCCACGGCUCCCCCGCUGGGCUGGGAGCAGAAGGCAGAGUGUGUGGUGUGCAUGGAGCAGGAGAGCCAGAUGGUUUUCCUGCCCUGUGGCCACGUCUGCUGCUGCCAGCGCUGCUGCCAGCGGCUGCAGGCCUGCCCCCUGUGCCGCCGGGAGGUGACGCAGCGCAUCCGCCUCUUCCACAGCAGCUAGGCAGGAGCCCAGGCCGCCAGCAGCACCUCCACCGCCCCUUCUGGGGCCACCUCCCUCUUCUGCUCCCUGGCAGCAUUAAAGACACCUGCAGAGCAUGCCCAGCACUGCCCUCCCCGUGCACAGCUGCACCCGGGAGUCUCGGCAGCCUCCCUGGCCUCUGAUGGCUUCUCGGCCUCUGCCUCGGGCUCCUUCUUCACCUCUGUCCCCUCCUCCUGCCUGCCUGCCCAGCAUCCCCUUGCCUGGGGGCCCUGGGGGGUGGGACUGGGUACCCCUGUGCCCCCUCCUCUCUGGGUGAUGUGUUUGCCUUCAGAAAUGGCCUUACUCAGCAGGGACUGGGUUGGUGCCACCUCUGCAGCCUUGCAGCUCCCUGUCUGUGGGCAGGGCACUGCCAUGCUCCUGCAUAGCCCCAGCUGGGCCAAUCUCCUGGGGGGGCACCCAGCCAG